GAGGGCUGCGGGGCUCGCACGGGCGGUGCAGGGAAGGGGAAGGAAAGCGAAAGCGCCACCGGGGCAUUGCUUUAGCGGUUGGCUCGGGAGGUGCCGGUGGUUUUUUUAGCACAGAGCUUGCUAAAAGACCAUUGCAGAGCUGCCGUGCCGAUUGCGUGUUUGCCGGAGAGAGCUGGCAGCGAUAUCAGGAAUUGCUGUGGGAGGGCAGUGAAGGAAAUCCCGAAAUUCUGAUGAAAACUCCUCCCCCCAGUUGGGCGGGUAUAAAAGGAAGCAGCAAAUGUGCCAGUUCUGCUUCAAGAAGUGUGGGGAGAGCUGCCGUGCAAAGUCCUUCUGCUGACUUCUCCCAGCCUGGCUGGCAGGUUUAAAACCCAGCGUGCAUACCCAGGAGCAAGCUGCAGCUACCACUGAAGGUCUGCAGACUUAGAAAAGGCUUGGAAGCAUGGAAAGCCUCUGUGCAGCAAACAGCACUUUUGCUGUGGACCUGUUAAGAAGACUGUGUGAGAAGAACAGUGGGCAGAAUGUGUUCUUUUCACCAUUUAGUAUUUCUUCUGCUUUGUCCAUGGUUUUGCUGGGUUCAAGAGGUAGCACUGAAGCCCAGAUUUGUAAGGUGCUUUGUCUGAAGAAUGCCCAGGAUGCUCACAAUGGGUAUCAGUCCCUUCUCUCUGAAAUUAAUGAUCCAAACACCAAAUACAUCCUGAGAACUGCGAACCGCCUCUAUGGAGAAAAGACCUUUGAGUUUCUUCCAUCAUUUAUAGAGUCCAGUCAGAAAUCCUACCAUGCUGGCCUGGAACAGAUGGACUUCCUGCAUGCUUGGGAGGAUUCCAGGAAACAAAUCAAUGUCUGGGUGGAGGAAAGGACUGAAGGUAAAAUUCAGAACCUGUUGGCAGAGGGGACUCUUGAUUCCCUGACCAGGCUUGUGUUGGUGAAUGCCAUCUAUUUCAAAGGCAACUGGGGAAAGCCUUUCCGGAAAGCGAGUACCAGAGAGUGGCCAUUCCAAAUUAAUAAGAAAGAGACCAAACCUGUGCAGAUGAUGUUCAAGGAGGCAACUUUCAACAUGACCUACGUUGGGGACUUGCAGACCAAAAUCCUGGAGCUGCCCUAUGUGGGAAAAGAACUGAGCAUGAUCAUCCUGCUCCCUGAUGCAAUCCAGGAUGGCUCCACAGGCUUGGAAAGACUGGAAAGAGAACUUACACAUGAGAAGCUGAUGGGUUGGAUCAGUCCAGAAAUGAUGAAUUCUACAGAGGUGAAGGUGUAUUUACCCAGAUUUAAACUGGAAGAAAAUUAUGAUCUGAAACCUAUUUUAAGAAGAAUGGGAAUGCCUGAUGCAUUUGAGUCAGGGAAGGCAGACUUUUCAGGAAUGUCACCUGUCAUCUCUCCUGGUAAUGAGCUGGUGCUCUCUGAAGUGGUUCACAAAUCCUUUGUGGAAGUCAAUGAAGAAGGCACUGAAGCAGCUGCUGCCACAGCUGUGCUAUUCUGUGAGGGCUCUGAAAUAAUAAUGUCCAUUCCAGAAUUUACUGCUGAUCAUCCCUUCCUCUUCUUCAUCCGGCACAACAAAACUUGCAGCAUUUUGUUCUGUGGCAGAUUUUGCUGUCCCUAAGGAGGAGAUGUCUUGGCGGCAUAGGUGCCUUCAGACAAUAAAUUUAUAUUUCCCUAGAUUGGGAAUUGGUGCUCAUUCUGCACCAAUUGGUGCUCAUUCUGCACCAAUUUUUUCUUUCAGCUGUGCCAGCACUUCUUCUCUAGUUUUCAUCUUAGGUUUGGCAGGAAUAACAGAUCUGCUUAGACAAACAGAGCACGUGCCAUGUCCAACCCCUCCUGUACCUGUAUGCAGAGGCUGACACAAGAACCAUCCCACUUGCUCUGUGAGUGCUUUUUCUGUGCUUGAGUUCACUUUUGAUACCCAGGAGGGAGAGUCAGGCAGUGAGAGCCCAUGGGAGUGAAGUUACUUUUGCUUGUGACAAGGCUGGAGCACGUUUGUAGCUGCCCUUGCCUUUUACCUUCCAGUCUCCUGCAUUGAGUGAGUGCCUUGAUACAUUGCCUGGAGCUGAAAGGAGUUUUUGGCAGCCUGUUCCAGGUAUUGCUGAACAUCCUGCAUAGAUGGGGGCUUUUGGCUAACACCUGGAGCCGCACUUAGGCAAGGGUGGGAAUGAACGUUCGCUGUUAUCAGAGAUGUCCCAUGGUGGUAUUUGGGGCAAGUACCUUUGUUACAUCACCCCAGGACACUUGGGUUUAUUCCCUGUCCCCUGGUUCUGGUCCUUUAAAAAAGAAUGAAAUAAGAGGGCAGAUGGUGCCUAUGGACUAUUUGAAGGAGAAAGUCUUAAUUUCAAAAUAUAAUUUUUUUUGCUACUGUUUUAUGUUUAUCAUAUUAAUAUUCUCUGAGACACCAUAGUUUACCAGUUUAAUACCAAAGACAGAGAUGUAACCGCUUUCCUUCCACGGGGAUGUAUGUUGUGGGUCCUGUUGCUGGAACAAUAAAAGAAGUGUAAGCUCUG